CGCGGAGUCACGCACCACCAAAGGGGAAACGGACGGACGGACGGAAGCGAACCAAACCACUCGUCGCCCCCCGCCCCCCGCCGCCGCCGCCGCCGCCGCCUCGAGCCCUCCUCGCGCGGCCGGCCGCCUGCUGCUAUCCGCUCCCCCCGCUGGGAUGGCGUCGAGUGGAGACCCCUCGGGAGUCGUCGUGCCCAGGAACUUCAGAUUGCUAGAAGAGCUUGAGAGAGGGGAGAAGGGCAUUGGUGAUGGAUCAGUUAGCUAUGGAAUGGAUGAUGCGGAUGAUAUCUACAUGCGCUCUUGGACAGGCACAAUUAUUGGUCCCCAUAAUACUGUUCAUGAGGGCCGAAUUUACCAACUGAAGCUUUUCUGUGACAAGGACUAUCCAGACAGGCCACCAACUGUAAAAUUUCACUCGAGAGUCAACAUGACAUGUGUAAAUCCUGAGAAUGGAAUGGUUGACCAAAGGAAGUUUGGUCUGUUGUCGAAUUGGCGCCGUGAGUACACAAUGGAGGCUAUCUUGACACAACUUAAAAAAGAGAUGGCAGCCUCGCACAACCGGAAAUUAGUGCAGCCUCCAGAGGGGACAUUCUUCUAAAAGCAAGCACCAUUGAUUUCGGCAUACUAUGGAUGAGCCCUCGUAAUUUCAUUUCUAUACAUCCAUAAUAUUUGAGCCGUUUGAAUAUUUAGUACAAAUGAUUGUAGCUGAACUUUGGCCAGUAGCUUUGUAUGUGGUCCGUGUUGUCUCGUUUGUUUGGUUACUAGUUGCUAGUACGGCAUUACCUCAGAGACAAACUAAUGACUUGGGGGUAACUCUUGUGUAAUAUUGAUGCUCUGCCUAUCAUUCUGAAGAUUUGACUAUCA